AUCCUUCUAGUCUAUGGUCCUAAAGAAAAAUGUUGACGCUUCAAAUAUUCUGAUUCUGUUAUCCUUCAAAAUUAUAAAUAGUGGUAUUUUUAUUACGAUGAAAUCAAAAUAGAACAGUACAGUGUGGUUACUGAUGUGAUUUAUCAGGGAGUGUAUGAAUUGUGCAGUUACUUAGUGCGGGGAUCGAGGCGGUGCGUGUGUAUGAUGGUGGCGGCGCGCGCAUGAGGCGGUGGGCGGUGCUGCUGCCGGCGCUGCUGCUGGCGGCGGCGGGGGGCGCGGGGGGCGAGGCGGGGGACGAGGCGGGGGACGGGGACAGCGCGCCCUUCAUGGUGGUGGUGCGGGGCGCGGGCGGGCGGCGCUGCGCGGGGUCGCUGGUGUCGCGCUCCACGGCGCUGACGGCGGCGGCGUGCACGCGCGGGGCGGGCGCGCUGUGGGCGAGCGCGGGGGGCGGCGCGGGGGGCGCGGGGGCGCGGCGCCGCGUGCUGCGCGUGCUCGGCGGCGCGGACCUGGCGCUGCUGGAGCUGGAGCGUCCCUUCGCGGAGGCGGCGCGCGCGCGGACCAUCCUCAUGGCGAUGGAGGCGGGCGAGUGCGGCGCGCGGGGGGCGGGGGCGGUGUGCCACGCGGUGCGGCUGCUCGGGGGGCGGCUGCGCAUCGUGGAUGCGACGUUGGCGCCCCCGGCCGACUGCGGCGCCGCCCCCAGCGACCUCGAGCGGGACCGUGUCUUCUGUCUCACCGGUCCUGAGAUGUGCGAUAGCGACAUCGGCACGGGCGUGGUGUGCGGCGGCAAGCUGUGCGGCGUGCUGGCGCGCUCGCUGCCGGCGCCGGGGGCGGGGGCGGGGGCGCGGGGGGCGCGGGGGGCGGGGUCGUGCGGCCGCGUGCACUGGGCGGCGCGCGUGGCGAGUUGGCGACACUUCGUGCAUUGCGCGCACGCCCUGCGCGCCUGCGGACGAGGUGACUGCGCAAACGUGUGCACAGAACGUCGGCUGGAGCUGGACGAGGACAGUGCUGACGAGCCGCCUGCAGAGUCGCCGCACCACACGGCCCCCGCCCCCAGCGAGCCGGACCCCGCCCCCAGCGAGCCGGACAUCACCCCCCGCGAGCCGGCGCUCGUCCCCACACGCGCCGGCCCCGCGCCCGCAGUGGACCCGGACACCGGCGAGCAGGACACGCCGCCCGCCGCCCGCCGCGCGGGCGACCCCGCCCCCACUCCCCCCGCCCCCGCGGCCGCCGCGAGCCCCGCCAGCAGCGCCGCCGCCACGCUGGCCACGCGGCCCCGCGCCCCCCCCGCGCGCUCCCCGCCGCCCCCGCCCGCGCCUCUCACGCCGCCGCGCCCCGUGUUCGACUGGGAGCCGGGCCGCGCCGACUUCCGCGCCGGGGACUACGGGGACAACGCGGCGCAGUACGCCGUGGCAGAGGAGCCGCCGCCCCCGCGCCCCGCGCCCCGCGCGCGCCCCCCCGCGCCCCGGCGCCGCCAGGACCAGCGAGCCAACCUCACACUCCCCGCGGCCCCCGACAGCGCGGCGGCGCCGGCCGCGGGGGCUGCGGGGGCCGCGGGGGGCUCGGGGGCGGUGGGGAACGACACACGGCGCGUCGCAGCCGGCUCUGGUUCCAGCGCUCUAACAUCAACUAGUAUUGUGUUCUUUUCUUUCGUGUGUGUGGCUGUUAAAUAAAUUGUUGGUACCUAACUAUUACCUA